CCAUUGUUCCCUUACGCAUCUCUUCUUUUCCUCCAUCUUUCUUAACCUAAUUAAUAUCGAUACCGUUUCACAAUCAUCUCUUCAACUUCAUAUGGAAACCACAAUCAAUCAUCAAUCAGUUGAUUAUACGAAACGCGAAUUGGCUUCACCGUUUCCUUUCUUGAUUAUAAAACCCUAGAUGUAAAUCCAGAAUCUUCAUUCACGGAUAUAACAAGGAGGCUAUACUCUCCGACGUUCAUAUUGUGGAAGAUCUUCUUCAAUCGUCUUAAUUGGCAACACCAGCUUUGUAAAAACCCGAAGCCGAACCCGGACAUCAAAACACUGUUUGUUGAUCAUUCUUGUGGGCAGUCGCAGCCAAACGGUGCACGGGCCCCAUCACCAGUAACUAAUCCAUUAAUGGGCUCUGUACCAAAGCCUGCAGGCUUUCCACCUCUGGGUGCUCACGGUCCUUUCCAGCCUGCACCUGCACCUCUGCCAUCAUCUCUUGCUGGUUGGAUGGCAAACCCAUCUGUGCCUCAUCCGUCAGUUUCUACAGUCCCUAUUGGGUUCACCCCGCCUAAUAACGCUGCUGAAUAUGAAGCUUUGUUAAAGCGACCUAGGACUCCUCCCACCAACAAUCCAGCUGUAGAUUAUCAAACAGCUGAUUCUGAACACGUGAUGAAGAGAACGCGCACAUUUGGGAUAUCUGAUGAACAGGUCAAUCAUAUGCCUGUAAACAUGUUACCUGUUGCUUAUAUGGGUCAAAGCCAUGGUCAAAGCUCUUACUCGUCUGAUGAUUUGCCUAAGACUGUGGUAAUGACCCUAAACCAGGGGUCUGUAGUCAAAAGUAUGGAUUUUCAUCCAGUACAGCAAAUUCUGCUUCUUGUUGGAACUAGCAAUGGAGACAUCAUCUUAUGGGAAGUAGGUAGCAGGAAGAAGCUUGCCCACAAGAAUUUACAAGCGCUUACAGGUUAUAUAUAACUCAAACUUUGCGUUUAUGAAGUUGAAAAAGUAGAUACGACAAGAUUAUUUACGACUGUAUCGAAUGUCUAUUGAUGAGGAGGUGCUUUAAAAGUUAAUGGAGUCUCUAAAGCUCAUUGUCAAGCAAUGACAACGAUUGCAACUGGAAGUGCUAUCAGUGUGCUCAACUUUACUGCAGUAAAGUAAAGUGGAAUGCAAUUCGGAUCAUUUUUUUUCACUGGGACAAGAGUUUUCGGAUAAGUUGAACUACAGAUAUCUUUAUUAAAAUAAAUCGUUGAUAAGGAUGGUAAACUUACGAAUAAAACAUCAAAUAUUGUAUACAAAGAAAUAUAUAGGGAUUUGAAAACUGUAAUUGUAAUAGUUAUCAUUUUUCAUUAUUACAUAUAAAAUGUAAUUACUUAUUGUAAGAAGUAUUACAAAUUAUUUGUUAUAUCAUUUGUCACAUAAGGUUUAUAGU